AUUUUUAGGGUUUUACUAAAUUUUAGCUUGCACCUCGACCUUGUACUAUAAACGCCACUGUCAUUUGGAGUUGGCCCUGAGCAGCGAGCGAUAAGCGAGUUUCCUCUGCGACAGUGUUUCUCGUCUUCUCCUCUUCUCCGCCACCAUGAAGCUCGUCAGGUUUCUCAUGAAGUUGAACAACGAAACUGUUUCCAUCGAGCUUAAGAACGGGACUAUUGUCCAUGGCACCAUUACAGGUGUUGAUAUCAGUAUGAAUACACAUUUGAAAACAGUUAAACUAACCCUGAAAGGGAAAAAUCCAGUUACUUUGGAUCAUCUCAGUGUAAGGGGCAACAACAUUCGUUAUUAUAUCCUUCCUGACAGCUUGAAUCUUGAGACUUUACUGGUUGAAGAGACCCCUAGGGUCAAACCUAAGAAGCCAACUGCUGGGGGGAAGCCUUUGGGACGAGGACGGGGGCGUGGACGUGGACGCGGCCGAGGUCGUGGUGGCCGUUAAUUUGCUUGUUACAAUUUUUGGAAUUUGGCUUUACCUUACUCCCUUUAAUGUAGGGAAGUUCUAUGGGAGGAUUUUAAAGACAUUGAAGGAGUGUUAUUGUUAAGUAGUCAUGUUGACUUUACUAAUGUCGCUAUUUUCUUACACCAGUGCUUUGAAGUUGUAGUGUAUAUUUCCUUCCAGAUAAUGCCUACUAUCUCUGAUCAGAAAGAAACUGCCUACAUGUGUGGUUUGUGGGAUAAGCUAAAGAGACUUAGGAAUUAAUGAUCAUUGCCCUUGGUCA